UGGAAUAACUGUGUCUUUGAUCUGGCUAAUGACCUUUCAUGGGUAAACUCCUGUGCUAGUUUAGAGUCCUAUUGAAGGGUUCAGGAGCAUCAGAAAGAACAAACUCUUGGCGUUGUAAUGCUAACCCGCCUUGUGAAAGUUAGAGAACUUGUUUUUGUAGUCUAAAAAUAAAACCCAAACAAAUCCUCAAACUCCCUAAACUCCAAUUUGUUUUCUUCCUGUAGAAAAAAAAGAAGUCUUAAAGUCACACUGUUUACAGCUUUCCUUUUUUAUUGCAGAUGAAGCCUGUCACAACUGAUAUGCCUGUUUGACUGUCAGGGUUGUGAACAUGGAAAAGCAACCAUUAAACAGCAUCCUUGAUCAGUUUAUCAAUAGCCAUGAGCAGACAUAUGAAGAGUUUCUAGGCACGUUCACUUAUCUUUUGAAAGAUGAAGUAGAGAAGAAAUCCCAAGCAUCUGAAGUGGAUUCUUUAGAAAAGACAUUUUCCAUUCUUGAGUUACCAAACAUGAAUAAAGAGAGCAUCUUACGUGCAAGAAGUGAAGAAUCAUUAGUAUCUCUCUCAUCACAGCCUUUGGAGGAAGAUCAGGUAGUGAUGAGUGAAGGCAUGAAAGUUGGCUUCUCUAAGAAAUGUGAUCUCAGUUUGACCAGAAGAGUGAAGGUGGAUAAUUACUUAGCUUUGGAAGAUUUUGACACUGAUGAAGAAUCUGGUCAAGAGAAAUGCAUUGGGUCAUUGGUGCUUCCAGGAGAAGUGGAACAGACAGUGGCAGGCUAUACACCUUACUCUGAUCACACCACUCAUCUAAAGGUCAAGGUCUUAGCAGUUACACAGCCAUCAAAUAAUAAAACACAAGAGUUCCAGCUACUUGGGGAUGAAGUUUAUCCAUUCUCCCUUGAUGAAGAAUUUGACUAUGACAAUGUGGCAUUGACUCCAAAGUUCUCUGAAGCUGAGAUGAAGUCCAUGAUAGAUCUGUCUGAACAGAAGAAAAGGAGAAUAGACCUCAAGUCAGUACUAUCUGAAGACUGAGUCAGAUAUGCUUUGCAUUGUUUAUCUGUGGAUUAAUGUUUUUUAAGGAGAAAAUCUAGGUCCCUCUUCUGUAUUCAUAGAAGGCUGUUUGGCUGUGGAAUCAGGAUAGUUCUGUCAGAGAACCUGAGCUAUGUUCAUACAAUCUAUGCAGCUGGAUGCACCGAAGUAGCUGCUACACAUUAUUAUUUAGAUAUACUACUAUACUGCUUAGGAGUUCCACACAUAGUGAUAAGCCAUCUACAAACGAACAAAAAGAUGGUCCCUUUGUUCAAAUUGCUUACAAUUAUAGCAUUGCAGCUGCACAGACAACAAAGGAGGAUUCCUUUCUCUCUCCUUUCCUUUACAUUUAUGUAUAAAGACUUGCUUAUGUCCUCAGUUGGAUGCUGAAAUUUGGAUUUACCCCUAAAUGUACAUGAUUCCUGCAUAUAUCAAUUGCUUUUAAAUGACUUAUUUGGGUCUUUGGCCCCACUUGCAGCUGCUUUGUUCCUGUCACCUAACAGCACAAAACACAACAGUGCCUAUAAGGGCAGCCAAGGAUUCCCUUGUUGAAACCUGCACUGCUCUAGACUGGAGCUGUCCAACUCCUGAGCAGCUAGGGGCUCUAUGCAGUGGGUUCCCCCAUCCUGUGAGCCCUCCAGACCUCAGGGCUGUGCCACCCCCAACCCCAAGGGACAUGUUGCAGAAGCUGGAGGAGGGAGAGGGAUCUCAGAUACCAGUGACAGCAGCAGUCAGAGAGAUGUGGGGAGUGAUGGCUGCAAAUUAGACAUCCCUCGUCAAGAUUAUUUUUGUUGAAAUUAUAGUUCCUUAGGGCCAUUAUUGGUUGCUGGGAGUCAGAGCAGCUCUCAGGCUAUUUCAGCUAACAUUUGGUACUACCUUUUCCUUUCAGCCAGCCCCUCCAUGGUUUCAGAGUUACCUCAGAGUUUGUUCUGGCAGAGGAUUCAGUCUUUAAUUUAUUUCUCUAACAUAAGAUUUAAAGGUACAGGAUCAAUGAUUAAAUGCAAGGAAGAUUUUUAGAUUCUCACUGUGGCCUCAAUUCCACAGAAUAGUAAGUAUUCCUGUGCUUUUGGUAAAAUUCUUCCUGAAGCUUCUCUGAAUUAAAUUGGUAAAACUCAUAUUUUUUGCCAGAAAAAUGUCUUCAGAGAAAAGAAACAGGUGGUAGUGAUCUCAGCCAUUACAGAUGCUUGGCUGGCAAGAAUUUAGACUGUAAAUACUGCUUUAUUUUAUAUUUCUAUAUUUUUUAAUUCAGAAAAUUGUUAUGAGCUGUUUCACAAGUGGCAUAUUAGCACCAUUUGAAAUUCAGCAGCUUCUGGGAAGAUGAACGAAAAGUGUAGCUCCCAGGCUAAGUACAGAGAGUCAAAAUGCCUGAGGCUGAAUUGAUUCAAUCUUCCUAGGUUACUCUAAAUUGCACAGAUUGAGCCAAUAAGCAAGUGAACAGGCAUUCACUUCCAAUUCUGGAAACGCAGCCACAUGCCUGCAGUGGACCAAGACAGAA